CGAUCGCAUCGGCAAAUGGUGUUGCGCAGUUCACACGCUAUUUUCAUGGGCAACGUACGUGCAAUGUGCAAGCUGCAGUCGCUAUUGCUGUCCAUCUUCGUCAGCAUUGUGGUAAGCAAUGCCAGUCAAAGGCUGCCCGGCUACUUGGUGCGCCACAUGAACGCCAGUGCCGAUGCGUGUGUGGAUUUCUAUGAGCAUGCCUGCGGUGGCUGGUCCCAGGCGCAUGCCGCUGACGCUUACAACAGUCAGUUGGAGCAACUGGACUAUAUGUACCAUGAGCGGCUGGCACUGUUGCUGGAUCAGCCGCCAUCCCCUGGCCAGCCUCGCUUUGUCCAGCUGCUGCGCGAUAGCUAUGCGGCCUGUCGAGCCCUCAAUGAACGCUACGAUGUGGGGCGAUUUGUGCGCUGGCUGCGCGAAUUCAGUCAUGUCGAUAUGGAGACCAAGGAAAAUGACUGGAGACCACUGCUGCGCUUAAUAAAGAACUAUGGGCUCCCCACCAUGUGGCAGUACGAAAAUGAACGGAAACCACUGUCGAAAUCUUUGAAGCUUAAGGAUGCAGAGCUGUGGCUGCUGCAGCUGCAACCACCAUGGCCAGUUCUACCGGCUGAACUUCUGGAUGACUUUCAGCCAUUAAAUCGCACGCGCUUCAGACAACUUUAUCACGCUCUACAACCGCUUGGCGUGCCACAGGGUAAGCUGUGGCUGCAGGUCAAGCAGCUGGAGAAGAAGCUAUUGAUUUGUGGCAUUAGAGAAUUGUUUGGGGAGUUACGCGAAAGCGAGCACGAUGAGGAGCAUGUGGUGAUGCCGUCCGCUUUUUACUGGUUGCAGCUACUGGAAAUGCCAGAACUAUUGACGACACUUCAAUUGCAGCCCCACGUGCGCUGUGCGUCCGAUAUGCUGGCAGCGGAGCCGGCACCGUUCGUCGCACGGUAUCUGCAACUGCGGCUGCUGCACAAAUUGGACAUUCUUCCCGCGCCGGCAUUUGGGCGGCAAGAGUGUGCCGCGCAGUCGCGCCAGCUGCUGACCCAUGCUGCUGUUUGGCUGCUGGAGCAGCAGCAGCCGCUGGAGCAGCGACAACUCACGAAUGCCACAAUGCAUAAGCUGUUCGAGCAGCUGCGUCACCGAUUUGAGCUGCGGCUGUUAGACAAUCGCAAUCAGUUCAGGCCCUCCACACAGCGCUUUCUGCUCGAGAAACUGAAGCGCAUGCGACUGCGCGUCGGUGUGCUGCCCUUGGGCAGUGCGGAGCAGCAGCAACAAACGCUUGAGGCGCACUAUGCACAGCUGCAGCUCAAUGCCAGUGACUACUAUGGCAAUUUGUUGACCAUGUUGGGCCAGGUCGAGCGCUGGGCGGCGGCGGCUGCUGACAGGGCAACGCAUAUGGAAACUGACAACGAACUAUAUUUACUGCAGUCUGAUGGAUUUGGCAGCUAUGCCUCGCCGUUCUUUUUGCCUGAUAGUAAUUUGGUAAUCCUACCGCAAUCGCUGCUGGGUGCUAACCUUUACCGACCACAUCAGGCGGAGGUCUACACGCAUAGCGCGUUGGGCUUUCUGCUCGCGCACGAGCUAUCGCAUGGCUUUGCGCCCACCGAUGUGUUUUACGAUGGGCGUGGCAAUAAGGCAAGAGGACAGCAAAAAUUGCGCCUGCUCGUCAAUCGGCGAUUUAGCAGUCACAGGCUUUGUCUGCUUCGUCGUCACGACCAAAUGGCCGAUGAGAAAUUUGCCGAUGUGAAUGGGUUGUACUUGGCCUAUGACAACUAUUUUAAGUCAAACAACGCCACGCCCUCAAGUGCCACGGCUGACAACGGCAAUUCAUCUGAAGGGAGGCACACAGUGCAGCAGCAUUUCUUUCUUAACUUUGCCCAGUUCUUCUGUCAGGACGAUCCGGAUCUGGAGGAUAGCAGCCUACAUGGCGGUAGCCGGCAGCGGGUUAACGAUGCCGUCGCCAGCUCCAAGCCCUUUGCACGCGCCUUCGGCUGUGAGUGGACCCAGAUACGGAACACCUGUCAGUUGUACUAGCUGAUGAAGGCUCUAAGCACAUGCCGUUUAUCGAACAACAAAAAAAAAAUACAAAUGCAUAAAUGCAGCUGUAUUAAAUAUAAACAUGAUCAAAACAUCGCAAAAGCUUUAGAAACUAGCGACAUUCGAUGUGGCAUUUACGAGAUACAUUUUCUUUCAGCUCUCUGAUAACUCACCUAUGCUUUUAACCCUGGUAAAAAUGAAAAAUACGUAUAUUAUUUUCUAUAUACGCACGACAGAGUAUACAUAUGUUGCUCUGUAAAGUUUAUUUGUUGCAUUCUAAUCUCUUUUAUUACAAGUUGUGUUUAACUCAUUUGGCUUUGAAACUGGGCCUGUUAACUUUUAAGGUGAAUCACCCUUGUAUGCGAUUUUCAUGUAGUCAAGUUGCUAACAUGUUGUUAUGCCUUUGACUUUCCAGCACGUUUUCCUCCUAUUACUCUCCUCAUGAAAUGCGCUUUUUGCGAUUCUCAUUCGCUUUCUCACCGUCUCUGACUUGCUCGCCUCCACUAUCGCGUUUGCAGUUGUAUUGUGAUGUAUAUAAAAACAUAUACGAAUUAGUGUUUUUGCAAUAAUGACCUGCGUCAAUAUGUUCUCGCUAGCUAAUUAAUUUUGUAUUAUUUAUUAUAAAUCCAUAUUCAAUUUAAUUUUUAUUACGAUAAGGAAUUGGUCAUAAAUUUACAAAUUGAACAAAAGCUAUCAGGAAUUGUCCGCUCGAGUGUUAGCACGAGAUAUUAGGCUGGGAUAAAUUUUAAAAUGACGCCAAAAUACUUAAGAAUCUCUGGCAUGAUAUUCGCUGAAAUGAGAAUUGAAAAUAAGGCAAGAUUAAAUAAAGUAACGCGUAAAAGUUAUUUCCAUUCAGACAGAAAA